AUGUUGGGAUCGUUUCUUCAUAUAAGCAAGGUGAGUAAAAGAGACCGAGUCACCGAAGACAGCCACUCCAGCAGCUUCGUUAACGCCCCAGCCGUCGCUCUACCGAUCUUCAACUCUAAAAUCAUGGAUUACUCACCUGAAUCCGAUAUUGACUACGAGGAGCCGCCGGAGCCCCAAUACAAGCGUAAGAAAUUGCUAUCAGUAGAUCCCCAAAUCUGCAUCGUCUGCAAGUUCAGCGAUCGCACAUCCAAAGGCACAUCCGAAGGCUACGACAUUGUAAUUGCACCAACAUCAUCAUUAUCGUCGUCGUCGUCCCCCAACACUAUCACUAUCAGGCCUGCCGUCCGCCUCAAUACCGGCUUGGACACUUAUGAAGGGUUUGCUGUCUGUGGUCUGGCUUCCACUCUCUAUCUGUUUGAAGAUGGACCCUCCACGUCAGCAUACAGGCUUGACCUGUCCCCGCACCUCCUCGCUUCUGGGCGGCGGCCCACCCCCACCGUGGAUCUGGGGAUUCCCGACCUCACCCCCGUGAGCUGCAUGCGCCACCCAAAGCACCUCGUCCAGGCCAUCCCCACACCCGAUGCCACAAAGAUCCUCGUCUUCUCACAACUCAUCAAAUUCGACAAAGACACAAGGUUCGCCGGAGGCAAAGAUUUCGAGCUCUACGAUCCCUCAACUGACACUUGGCUUCUGCUCCCGGGAAUCCAAGACGAUUAUUGCUUUGAUGCGUUCCAUUGCCGGGACCGCAUCGUGGACUUUGGUUUCGUGGAUGAGACUACUUUCUUCAUACAGACGGUCGAGGGAAACUCAAACAAUAGUAGAAAAACCAUCUUCCGUCUCCACCUGGACACUAUUGCUAGGGGCUGGCGGAGGCUGGACAACUAUUUUGGGGCCCACUCGGUUCUCAUGCGGUCGAGCUUUGGCCGUUUUCAUGUGAUUGAGGAAACGCUGUGCGUGACGCCCCAUCACAUUUACGAUCUGAGGAGGAGGAGAGAUGAAGAAGAAUCAUUGGUCAACCUUGUGCUGGGGCCAUGGGCACCCGAUUUCCGCCAGUCGGCUGCUGAUUCUGUGUGGCUUCUCGAUGGCAAGCUGCAGGGCAAGUACACGUUUUGUACUUUGACGGCAGGGAUAAGGAGAAGAACAAAGGAACCUAAACUUGUAAUGGCUCUCCACCACUGUGAUGUUACCCACUAUAGAAAGGAUUUGGAACUCAGCAACAACAUCUUGCCUGGGGAACGCAUUGACUUUUUUCCCCUCGGCCACAACAAAUGUAGUGAAUUUGAUCCCAUCCACUUCUUCACCAUCUCCAACUAA